UUUCCUCGUGACUAACCGACCACAGUUCGUGGGCGAACGUUCGCCGAGUGCCGUCUCGCGUUCUCCUUUUCGAACGGGUGUCCCGUGUUCAUCGUUAUCGUCGUCGUCGUCGUCGUCGUCGUCGUCAUCAUUGUCAUCGUCAUCGUCAUCGUCAUUGUCAUCGUCAUUGUCAUCGUCAUCGUCAUCGUCAUCAUUGGCAUCGGCGUCAUCGUCGUCGUCGAAUGAAAUUGAGACGAGCACGUUUUCAACAUUCCGAUCGUUUCAACCUUUUUUUUUUUUAAUCUGAUCAUCCUGUUAUGAUCUGAUCCGAUCAUCCUGUUAUGAUCCUUUAAAUCGGGGGGAAAAGAAAGGACAUACACGAAAAGGAAAAAGGAAUAAGGAAAAGGAAUAUAAGAAAGAAAAACGAAAAGAAAAAAGAUAAAGAAGAAUAGAAGAAGAAAAAAACGACGAAAAGAAAGAAUAAUUUCUUUUUUCUCUCUCUCUCUCUCUCUCUUUCUCUCUCUCUUAACUCUUCAAUUUUCACUCUUCUCUUCUCGUCGUCGUCGUCGAGAGCUGUCGUUUUCGUUGUCGUGGAUACAUUUUUUUAUAAGAAAUUCUAAAAACAACCCCUCGAACGAGAUCCGUCUAAACUCAUUGUUUUUAUUCCACGCUUAAAAUCCCAUUUUCGUCUUACACUUUUCUUUUCCUUAACCUUCACACCCUGGUCAAUCCUCCCUCGUUCCCUCCCAUCUUCGUCAUUACCUUCCUUUUCCUUCAUCAUCUUCAUCAUCUUCAUUGUCUUCUUCUUAUUCUUUUUCUUCAUCCUUCUCUUCCAUCACUGUUCUCUUUUCCUAUGAUUGCUUCUUUUUUUAGACAUCUUCUUUACUUCUAUUACGAGGAAAAAAAAGGAUAUAUAUAUAUAUCUCUCUCUUCCUCUCUCUCUCUCUCUCUCUCUCUCUCUCUCUCUCUCUCUCUCGCUAAUUAGUGUCCAGGUAUUUUAUUUUUUUCUAAUACCGCUAGAAAGGAUCGAGUAGAACGGAAUUCUUAGAGAGAGAGAGAGAGAGAGAGAGAAAGAGAGAGAGAAAGAGAGAGAGAGAGAGAGAGUUAGAUAGAUAGAUAAACAGAGUGAAAGAAAAAGAGAGAAAGGGAUAGAGAUAGUGAGUGCAGCACGUGUCCGGCGGUGCCGGCGGCGCGAAGAAAGAUGUAAGAAGAGGAAGGGGUGGGGGGGGUUUAAAGAAAAACCGUAAAAACGAAGGUGCGGAAAGGCUCCUGCGUUUUCUUUUAACUAACAAAGACGCAUCCCCUCUUCGACAAAUAUUCUUACGCAUCGUGGAUAAACGGAAAAAGGAAUAGAUUAUACGGACCAGCAAAAAAAAAAAAAGAAAAAAAAAAGGAGAGAAAGGAAAAGAAAAAAAAAAAGAUAGUGAGAGAGAGAAAGAGAGAGAGAGAAUAAUCCAAAAAAAAAAAAAAAAGGAAAGAGAUAGAAACGGAUAAAAAGAUAAAAAGGAGAAAUCGUUAGAGAAAGAUUAGAAAAAGGAAGAAAAAAAAGAAGGAAAAGAAAAAAGGAGAAGAUCAAGAUAAUGCAAGAAGUUUGAGAUAAACGUUUGUUUUGAAAAAAUAAUCAUCGUCUAUUUGAUCUCGAAACUAAUAGAAAUUAUUUCUGUUUGAAAUUAAUCGAAUUACGGGCCACGUGAUAAUACAUUUUCUCUCCGUACAUCGGAGAUUGAUCAAGAACGUCAUCGAUCGUGUCAUUAUUGGAAUCGAUUUUCUUCAUCCAAGAAGAUGAGAGGCCUUGUGCCGGGCAGCAUAUUCAGCCUACUUGUUCUACUCGUCGCGUGGCAAAACGGAGCGCGGGCUAACUGGUGGUAUCUGGGACUGGAACCUCGCUUGAGCGGAUCGGUCCAAGGUGCUGGAGGCGGUGCCGAUGGUUCGGACGGACAACAGGGCUUGGGCAUAGCUGGUGCGGGUGUGAUAGGUCCUGCUAGUGCUGAAAAAAAUUGCAAGAGUGUCCACCUCAGCGUCAAACAGCAACAGAUUUGCUCGCGUUCACCGCCAGUCCUGCAAGCGGUAAGCGCAGGCACGAGAUUGGCGAUCGAAGAAUGUCAACAUCAAUUCAGAUCUGCUAGAUGGAAUUGUUCUGUCAGCCCGGACAAUCCGGACAACAUUUUUGGCGGUGUCAUGUUAGUCAAUAGCCGAGAAGCUGCUUUCGUUUACGCGAUAUCAGCAGCUGGAAUCGCUUACAGCGUAACCAGAGCAUGUUCAAGGGGCGAACUGACAGAUUGUUCCUGCGACAAUCGAAUUAGGACCCGCCGACCGAAUAACUGGCAAUGGGGUGGCUGUAGCGAGGACAUACAUUUUGGAGACAAGUUCUCUAGAGAAUGGACCGACGGUGCUGAGGAAUCAAUUAAGGAGGGAAUUCUGCAUGGUGUCAAAGGACUGGCCGGUCAGCUUAUGAGGAAACACGACAGCGAGGCAGGCAGGCGAGCUGUUCGUUCAAAAAUGAAACGUAUUUGCAAGUGUCAUGGCAUGUCCGGAUCAUGCAGUGUCCGCGUCUGUUGGAGGAGACUUCCAGCAUUCAGAGAGGCCGGAACUGAUCUCGCAGCUCUUCACGAUGGGGCGGCAUUGGUACGACUGUCUCAACGGGGCGGCAGAAGACCCGCAAGACUGAGGCCCGCGCAACCCGAUCUCAAACGACCGAACAAGACGGAUUUAGUUUACCUGGAGGACAGUCCUGAUUAUUGUGAAAGAAAUAUCACGUUAGGCAUCCCCGGAACGAGAGGAAGAAUUUGCAAUCGAACAUCACCGGGUCUCGAUGGUUGCCGAUUAUUGUGCUGCGGUCGUGGCUAUCAAACAAGGGUAAGAGACGUCACGGAGAAAUGCAGUUGCCGAUUCGUCUGGUGCUGUCACGUGAAGUGCGAACUAUGCAGACAGAGGCGCGAGGAACACAUUUGCAAUUAGAGAAUAAUAAGAUAGACAUUGGUCACGCGACUCCAUGCAAUUUGACAACGUGUCUUCUUUGAGAUGAGUAAUAUAGCUCAUACAUAAAUCGAUUUCGAGGGCAAAUCGACGUAUUCUUAUCGCACGAUUUUUAACGUUGCGUUGAUGAAAUAAAAGAAAGAGAAAUGAAAUGAGUCGAUAUGAGGAAUAGAAAAGACGGAAGGGGAAGGAGAUGGGGAUGAAAAUAUGAAUGGAGAUAUGGGAAGCUAAGAGAUCGGGUGAGGGAGAAAAAUAGAAAGGAACAAAAAAAAAUAUAUAUAUAUAUAUACAUACCAAUAUCCGCCGCGAGA